CCCUAAGUCCGCUCUUGACUCGAAGUGGUGCAGUACUAGUAUUAAGGGUAUUCUUUUCGUGUUUCUGAUGUUACCGUUUGUUAUGCUUCUCCGUCCUAAGAGCGAAUGCGAAAAGCAUAGCUAACGGGGAACUAGAACUACAGAAAGAAGACGCACACGCAGACCCUAUGAUCUCUAAUAGGUCUUGCAGCACCACGCGUGAUCUAGGCACUUGCUGCGACUGGCGGCCAUUGUGCAAGAAUAGUAAGAACGAUGCCUGCGGCAGCGGUAGCGGUUACCAGGUGCGGAGUGACAGACAAAACUCGCGGUGUCAAGCUGCUACUUGUACGACAGGCAACGACCGCAGCUUGUGUUGCCAACAGAAGUGCACAACUGCCAUGUGUAGCCACGCCGACUGGAUUCCUAAAAGCGACAUUGGCUCAAGAUAUUGUUAAGGCUACCCCCACAGGACCCACUAUCGCUGAAGCAUCGACCCCCCUAGCUACAACUCCAUCAUGAAUGUUCAUGUUGAUCUUUGGCCUUACUUUUUCUCCGUGAAAAAGAAGCACCAAGUCGUCCAUCCAAAGGAUGUUAUGUUGUUGAUUUUACUCAGCAGGAACAGGAGCUGCCUCUGCCAAGGGUCCUGUACUCAAAAGGAUCAUGCUCUCGUCAAGGAAGAUGGUAGGUUUUCAAGGAACAGUAACACCAAGAUGCGAACGCGGUAGGAGGUCUAAUUUUGUAAGGCCUCGGAGUGCAAGGUCGGAGACGACAGAGCAACGUGCUGUGACGAACGAGCACAAUGUAAAGACAGCAAAGAUAACGCCUGCGGGAGCUCGAACUCCUAUUAAGGCUGUAGUAUUAUAUUUAUAUCUAUAUCACUAACACUAUCUGAAUCUGAUUUGUGGAUCUACCAUAAUUAAGGUUAGUACUCACUUAAGGUUAGUACCACUACCACAUAAUCUGGUACUAACAGUAAGACUUUACCACCUAAUAUUUAUCACUAUCUUACAGUUACUCUUAUUAAGACAGUCUCAGCCACUAUCUGCAUCUGGUGCGCGGCACUAUCUUCAGUGAGUUCAUCCUUUUAUUUCUCAGAGGGGAAACUGAAACAAACGCAAACCGAUAAAAGGAAAGGAAGCAAAACACGCAGGUUUCUUACCUAGAUACAUAAAGAUAGAAGUAGAACGACAGAAAGCACUUAGGGUUAACUAGAUUAUAUACGAAAGCAACACUCGUCAACAACGGAUAGUGAUUAACUAGAGACAUUUAGUGACUGAUAGUGAUAGCUUAGGAUUACACUAGACAACGUGAUUCACUAAAAAAUAGAACGUGACUCACUAAAAGAUAGAAGAUACAUCCUGAUAGAUUACAAAAUUACAAUGCACUCAGUUGAAAAUAGUGAGAGAUCAUUAGGAUUGCACAGUCAUCCAAAUUUGGAUCGAUACAACUGACUGACUACCUAGCGCUAAGCUUAUCAACUGCGGGAUGACAGAUUAAAUUACCGGUGCGUCGGAAAGACCUGCACGACCGGCAACGACCUGGAUUAUGGAACGUUGAUACACAAAAAUUUCUGAUCAUCAUGGUUGAACAAAAGUAUUGCUGAUGAUGUUAGUUGAUUCGGAUACAAAAGUAUUACUAAAACCGAGUACUAAGCCGCAAUAGCAUUAUUAAUAGGUACUAAGUUGUAGGGAAGAUUCGUCCAUCUCCAUGUCCAGAUGAGUGGAUUCUUCUAGGUCCUUGUACAUGUACUACUCGGAAAAUAUCAGAUAUUGUUGAUGAUCUAGCCACUAGAACUUCUUCUAGUAGCUUCUCUUCUAAAACUAGACUUGCUGCCAACAUAUGUGCACAGACGCAAUGUGCGCCAGCGAGGCCAUGACUAAGAAAGCUAGCUUUUCUUCCUUGUGGUGCAAGUUAAGGCUUGAUUAGAAUUAAUAAUACAUUAUAGAUGAUCAGUGAUCAACUACAAAAGUUGAUAAGUGUACGCAGUCGCAGUUGGCUUAGACUUAGUGGUUUAGGCGUUGAUGACCUGUACACUUAUCUGAUAAUAAAAUCAAACCACCUAGGGACCAAGCAGGUCAACGCCUAAACCACUAAGCCAACCAGUACCCUUAUCUAAGUAGCUUCUCCGUACUAACGUGGAGGAAGUAGAGCCUUGAUAAGUUGACGCAAUGCAGUUACACGACAAUGUAGUUCUAUCUAUUUGCGCUUCUCACUCUCAGAUGCGACAGAGAAGAUCAACACAGCUUCAGCUAGAAGGCUUCUAGUUAAUUUUUCUAAGGAAAACGGCAGAAUAUAAUGACGGACGCACCUCGGUGCAUCAUUUUCGAUGUAGUGACGGUAAGUAA